AUGGCCCGCGACAAUGCUCCCCGUCUCGACACUGACGUGAUCCUUCCCAUGCAAGACCCAUAUAUGUCCCAGAUCAUUGAUGGCACAAAGACUUACGAGUUCCGCAAAUACUGCCUCAAGCGGUCUGUUCGGCGCAUCUGGUUCUACCGCACAGCGCCGCACUCGAGCACCACACAUGUUUGUGAGAUUCUGCCCGCCCGUACGCGUAAUCCUGGCGACGCACCCCUCGAAGAAGACGGUCUCGGAAACAUGGAGUUCAAUAAUCGUCACAAGGACUGGGAUGGUUAUGACUUUGCAUACAAAAUCGUAUCAGUGUAUGCCAUCAAGCAGCCGUUGUCUCUAUCAAACCUCAGGGAACAUCACGGUUUUAAAUCUGCGCCGAGAGGGCUGGUCUAUUUGCCGAACUCUGUCAGCCACGAGAUUGACUGGCGAAAGCAAACAAGAUUGUUGCCAUGA